AUGACAUUUGACCUUGACUGGGCCGUGGACACGACUUUUACGUCCGACAGUCUAAAUUUCAAAACGGAGGAGACAGAAUUUGCUGGAAUGUCUCUUUCUGACUUUUCGCAGCUACCUAGCCGUGGUAGCAUUGAUUCGACGUGGGUGGAUUCGCCACCGAGCAUGGCCGACUCGUUUUUGUCGCUCGACUUCGGCUCGCCAUCCGAAGUUGCGUCGGUGCAUGACAGCGGUUUCUGCAUGAGCGGCUCUUAUCCUGAGCCUUUUUCUGUCGACUCGAAAAAGCAAAUGCUCUUUUCUCCGCUAGAGACGGACGCCGUGCUGCCGUCGAAACUGGCGAGCUUUGCCAAGCCCGCGCCGAUUCCAUGCCGUGCCACCAUGCACGGAAACAGUGCUUCGUAUCCCUGCGCCUCGACAGACUUCACCUUGUUUCCCAAGGAGGAGGAAACUGCCAUGCAUUCCACGGUUUCUAGGAGCAGCCUGGACCCGGGAGCCGAUUCGAGCUUGGUAUUUGCCCUGCUGAACACACUGAACGGCUCCCCAGCGAGCACAGACACGGCAAAGGCGCCGCUUGAAACUGCUGCACCGCAUGAUCUCUCUUCACCUGUCUUGGUGGACGAUGCUACGACCGCCCUUGACAUGGCCGAAAAACGCGUUGUGCAUGCAAGUCACAAUACGCGCAAGCGCCGCAAUGUGGAGGAUCUUUUGCCGAUCGACGCGCCUGUUCAACCACGCAACUACCGCACUGAGUCGGCAACCUCGCGUCGCAUCUUUGCAAAUAGCGAAGUUGGAUCGCCCGACCCCGCAUCGUCUACUAGCUCGUUGGAUUCAAACCAGGACAUGGAUGCCCGGUCUCUAAAGCGUCUGAGCAACACGUUGGCUGCCCGUCGUAGUCGCCACCGCAAAGCCGAGGAGCUAAAGCGGCUCAACGACCAUAUUGCCGAGCUCCAAAAGGAGGCGGCCAUGUGGAAGCAGCGCUGCGAAAUUGCGGAAAAGGAGCGCGAUCGUGCAAAGCUAUGUUAUACGUCUACGUAG